GAGCAUGAUGAGCCAAUACUGGUACAUUUACAAGACAUUAAAGCUGUAGUCCACAGUAAGGACACUCCGGGUUUCACAUUAGAGUUUCAUUUUGAGCCAAAUGAGUAUUUCACAAAUACUGUAUUAACGAAGCGCUAUGAGAUGCGUUAUGAGCCGACCCACUGGACCCUCUCACGUACGAGGGGCCGGAGAUUAUGCACCAUCAACUGGAACAAGGGGAAGAACGUCACCGUUAAACAGAUCAAGAAGAAACAGAAGCACAAAGGUCGAGGUGUCACAAGGACAGUAACCAAGCAAGUUCAAGCCGACUCUUUCUUCAACUUCUUCAAUCCUCCCACAGUUCCAGAAGGAUCUGAGUCAGAGAUGGAUGAGGAGACUGAGGCCUUACUUGGUGCAGAUUUUGAUAUUGGGAAUUUCAUUCGGGAGAGAAUAGUGCCCAAAGCAGUUCUGUACUUUACAGGAGAAGCUCUCGACACUGAGGAGUAUGAAGAGGAAGAUAAUGAGGAA